AUGAAGUCUACUAUUAUCACUUCCAUUCUUUUGUCUGUGGCUGCCGUCCAGGCUUAUACCCCGACCGAGCAGCUCGAUGUCCAGUCUCACCUAUUUUCCGACCCCAAAAAGGUUGAGGGAAAGACUUACGACUAUGUCAUUGCUGGUGGUGGUUUGACUGGUCUGACCGUGGCUGCCAAGCUGACCGAGAACCCGAAGAUCAAAGUCCUCGUGAUUGAGAAGGGAUUUUACGAAUCCAACGAUGGACCGAUCAUCCAGGACCCCAACGCCUAUGGUGAGAUCUUUGGAGCUACUGUGGAUCAGAAUUAUCUCACAGUUCCCCUCAUCAACAACCGAACUGGAGAAAUCAAGUCUGGUCUCGGUCUUGGUGGCUCAACCUUGAUCAACGGUGAUUCCUGGACCCGUCCUGACAAGGUCCAGAUCGACUCAUGGGAAAAGGUCUUCGGUAUGGAAGGCUGGAACUGGGACAACGUGUUCGAGUACAUGAAGAAGGCUGAGCGCUCGCGCCCCCCCACUGCCGCCCAGAUCGAGGCUGGUCACUUCUACGAGCCUGCCUGCCAUGGAACAAACGGUACCGUCCAUGCCGGCCCUCGCGACAACGGCAAGCCUUGGUCCCCACUGAUGCGAGCCCUCAUGAACACCGUCUCUGCUUUCGGUGUCCCCAUCCAGAAGGAUUUCCACUGCGGUCACCCCCGUGGUGUCUCCAUGAUCCCGAACAACCUCCACGAGAACCAGAUCCGGGCUGAUGCCAUCCUGACUGGCCAGAAGGUUGGAAAGGUUCUGUUCAACCAGACCGCCUCUGGCCCUAAGGCUGUUGGUGUGAACUUCGGUACCAACAAGGCUGUUAACUUCAAUGUCUACGCCAAGCAGGAAGUUCUGUUGGCCGCCGGAUCUGCCAUUUCUCCUUUGAUCCUCGAGUACUCCGGUAUUGGUACCAAGUCUGUCCUUGACAAGGCCGGCGUUAAGCGGAUCCUCGAACUCCCUGUUGGUCUCAACAUGCAAGACCAGACCACUACCACUGUUCGCUCCCGCGCCAACAACGCACCUGGACAAGGUCAGGCCGCUUACUUCGCCAACUUCACCGAGGUUCUCGGUGACCACGCUGCCCAGGGUAUUGAGCUGCUGAACACCAAGCUUGGCCAGUGGGCUGAGGAGACCGUUGCCCGCGGUGGUUUCCACAACGUGACUGCCCUCAAGAUCCAGUACGAGAACUACCGUAACUGGCUCCUUGAUGAGGAUGUUGCUUUCGCCGAGCUCUUCUUCGACACCGAGGGCAAGAUCAACUUCGAUAUCUGGAACCUUAUCCCCUUCACUCGUGGUUCCGUCCACAUUCUCAGCAGCGACCCUUACCUCUGGCAAUACGCCAAUGACCCCAAGUUCUUUAUGAACGAGCUGGAUCUUCUCGGGCAGGCCGCUGCCACCAAGCUGGGUCGUGACCUCUCCAGCGCCGGUGAGAUGAAGAAGUACUACGCUGGCGAGACCAUCCCCGGCGACAACCUGUCCCAGGAUGCCACUGUUGAGGAGUGGGAGGACUACGUCCUGAUGAACUUCCGUCCUAACUGGCACGCUGUCUCUACCUGCUCCAUGAUGGCCCGCGAGCUUGGUGGUGUCGUCGACGCUACUGCCAAGGUCUACGGUACCCAGGGUCUCCGUGUCAUUGACGGCUCCAUCCCUCCUACUCAGGUCUCCUCGCACGUCAUGACCGUUUUCUACGGUAUGGCCUUGCGGAUCGCCGAGGCUGUUCUUGAGGACUACGCCAAGAAGCCUUAG